GUUCGACUAUUUGCAACCAAGUUGCUACACUCGCCCGCCAGGCUUGAGAGGUGAGGCACUCGAACACGCUGAAUGUUUAUCGCUGAUGAAAUGCAUAUAUAGUCACAAUGGAUUUGAUACUAGAAGUUGCGGACGAUUUAGUACUGGACAAUAUGUGGGCCAAGCUUGUCCCAAUACCCGAUGUCACUAGCACCGUCAAUGCAUAUACGACUGAGAACAUGACUCAAGCAUUCCCUAAUUCAUGGCUAUCAGCAGUUGCUACCAAUUUGCCUUCAGUAUUACUACCACCUCCACCCUCAUCUAUCCUUGUGGAGUCAAUAUCAUUGUCUGGACAAUCUGCAUGGCCGAGAGACUACGUUCUUCGGCAACUCCUAUCAGUGACAGUGAUCACACUGAUAGGGAUUCACUUGCUCUAUUUCGUUUUCGCUGCUGCUUCGUACUUUUUCGUUUUCGAUCACCGAAUGAUGAAGCAUCCUCGAUUCCUCAAGAAUCAAGUCAAGUUAGAGAUACACACCAGUUUGAAAUCAUUUCCCGGAAUGCUCCUCCUUACCUUGCCUUGGUUCCAGGGCGAGGUGAUGGGUUACUCUCGACUGUAUAACGAUCCUAAGGAAUAUGGGAUAGCAUAUCUUUUCUUUUCGAUUUUCCUUUUUCUUAUCGUGACUGACUACUGCAUUUACUGGAUUCAUCGUUGGUUGCAUCUUCCCUUCCUGUACAAACAUAUCCACAAGCCGCACCACAAAUGGCUAGUGCCCACUCCAUUUGCCUCGCAUGCUUUCCACCCCGUGGAUGGGUUCUCGCAAUCUCUUCCCUAUCACCUUUUUGUUUACAUUUUCCCCAUGCAACGACAUCUUUAUCUCAUCCUCUUUAACCUCGUGAACAUUUGGUCCGUCUUCAUCCAUGAUUCCGACAUGUUCGUCUCCCCUGGCGGGAGGGUAGAGAAAUAUAUCAAUACGCCCGCACAUCACACUUUGCAUCACUUGUACUUCACGUGCAAUUAUGGCCAGUACUUUACCUGGGCGGACCGUCUAGGAGGAUCCUAUCGCCCACCUCAGCCUGACCUCGACCCGUUGAAGGAGGCGCUGGCUGCCUGCAAGUCGGAAUAAUAAGCUAUGAUACGAUCUGAUCCCGGGCUACACUUUGAUUUCGUUGUUUGGUAUCUUAAUCUUCAUCUAACUAGUCGACCUGCCUUCGCAUGAGUAUGGACAACAAUGAUGAACACUGAGAAACGUAUACCCGUGUUCCACAACGACUUACAACCAAAGCGGCGCAAAGAUUUCGUGAUGAAACGGGCAGGGAGCUAAAGUCAUCCUCCUCCCUCGACCAGGAUGACAAAUCAAAGGCCAUUGCUGGACACUGAUGAACAAUGAAUAAUGGUAGAGGAAGAACCCUCAAAAACCCAGAGAACUGGGUUAUGAAAGCCGAAGAGACAAAACUAUUGAGGGCCCCAGGAUGACGAUUUGAGUCGAUCUCCACCGUUUACCUCGCAUUCGAUGAAUCUGACAUGGCCCACCCGGAUACACACAAGUAUAUUAUUACUAGAUCAUUAUAUAACUGGGUAUGUUACAAAGGGGAAUGCGCGUC